AUGCUGCCGGCGGUGGCGGUCGCGGCGGUGGUGGCCGUGGCCGCGGCUGUGGCCGUGGCUGUGGCCACGGCCGUCCCCGGGCUGCGGCACCGCCUGGUCCGUUCUGCGCUGCGCUGUGCCGGGGGCCGGUACCGGCGGCGUCUGGAGGCUCUGGGCAGCGACGUGCGGCUGCGCCAGGAGCGGCGGCUGCGGCGCCCGCUGGGCACCGGCACCGGGACGGCCGGCGGCUCGGAAGAGUUCCAGAAGCGGCAUCCCUUGGGGCAGCCCUGUCGGGACGAAGCGCCGGGAGAUUCGGUUCCCCCGCUGCGUCUCUGGGCUCUGCUCCCCGGCUGCUGGGACUCCGACCCUCGGCUGCAGGGGUCCCUGCUCUACCUGGAUGCCCUCGGCGCCGCCUUUCCACGGGCACUGACCCGCCGGGGCACGGCCCUGCUGCACUGGAGCCCUGGCUGUCCCCGCGCCCCGGCGGGGUGGCCGCUGCCCACCCUGUACUGCACCCCGGCCGCAGCGGGCACCCUGCCCUCGCGGGCCGCUGCGCUGCGGGUGCAGCUGCUCUUUGCCCUGCGGCAGCGUGCGCUGCAUGUGCUGGAGGCCGGGCUGGCAGCCGAGCUGCACGACGCGCUGGUGGCCCUGCGCACUGAAUGGCCCCAGCUGGCCCAGGAGCUGGCGCUGGGCAGGCUCAGCCCCCAGCCCGGGCUACCCGAGGAGGUGCGGGACCAGCUGCAGGCACUGCUGAUCCCUGAUGCUGCCCGGGCAGCCGAGCUCCGUGCUGAGUGCGCCCGUGGCUUCGAGGGCAUCUUGCUGCGUCUGUGGCCACAGCUGGAGGUGGUGGUGGUGAGGACGGUGCAUGGUGCAGAGCGGCUCUACUGCAACUCCCUCUGCCAGGCUGAUUGCCAGGGGCUGCCCUUCUACUGUCCCUUCUACCAGGCAGCAGGAGCCCUGCUUGGUGUAAACCUUUGGCCAGCGGAGCCAGUACCCCGAUUCCUGCUGUGCCCUGACUGGGCUUUCUGCGAGUUCCUGCCCUGCUUGGCCAACAAGGAGCCACGGACGGUGCUGCUGGAUGAGCUCUGGGAAGGACGCGAGUAUGGGCUGGUUGUGACAGCUCAGGCAGGAGAGUACAGGUGCCGUACUGGGGACGUGCUGAAGGUGACUGGCUUCCACAUGCAGUGUCCCGUGGUGGAACCUGUGCGCAGGGAGAGCCAGACGCUGAGCGUGCGAGGUGAGAGCAUCCCUGAGGAGCAGUUCUGCCAGAGCCUGUGCCGCACCCUGAGGAUGUGGCCAGGCGCUCGCCUGAUUGACUAUGUCUGUGUGGAGAGCAGCCUGCUGGGUGACUUAUCAGGGCCCAGUGCCCCCCACUACGAGGUGUUCAUGGAACUGCAAGGCCUGCGGGACCUGUCAGAGGGGCAGCGCUACAAGCUGGACCAAUGUCUCCAGGAGGAUUUCCCCGUCUACAAAUCCUUCCGCUUCAAGGGCAGCAUUGGGCCCCUGCGCCUGCACCUGGUGAGGCCCGGGACCUUCGCCCAGCUGCGGGAAGCACUGGGCUCCCCCAAGCCCAUGCCCAGGGUCCUGCACGAAGAGCAGCUGCUGCGGCUCGUCCAGGGAUCAGUCAUCUCCUAGGGCAGCCUAGGGGUCCCGAAGCCCUUCCACCCUGGGGUUUGCUUGGCAUACUCCCUCU